CAGAGAUUUCUCUGACUGCUGUGGCUGCAGUUCAAGCCAUGGAGAGGAAGGUGGCUUCUCAGGAGGCCCAGUUGCUGAAUCUGGAGGGCAGAAUGGGGGCAGCUGAAACGAAACUGGCUGGCUGUGAGAGGACUGUGGUGGAGUUUGGGAGCCAGCUGGAGAGCAAGUGGGCCGUGCUGGGAACUCUGACCCAGGAGUACGGGCUGCUGCGGAGGAAGCUGGAGAACGUGGAGAACCUGCUGAAGAACGGGAACUUCUGGCUCCUGAGGCUGCCCCCAGGCAGUAGGGGAGAACUCCCCAAGGGAUGGGAGAGCGCAGACAAGUGGCAGAAAGUGCUAGACGAGAACGUGAUGAAGAGCAACUAUGACACUCCGAUCUCCCUGGAGGCUGUGAUUUCCAAACCCAGCAUCCUGGCUCAGAUUGAACGAGGAGAAGAGCCGUGUGUCAAGGAUGCGCUGGAAGAGGCAGAACUCCCCACAGAGCCCAGCGUGGACUCUAUGGUUCCUAUGCAAGAGAUUUCCUGCUGGAUUAAACAGGAGGAGGAGCUGGGUAUCUGGGAUCAGCAGGACUCCGAGAAGAGCGAGGUCCCUGCAGUUCUUAAAAUGGCAGAUGCUGAGCCGGUGAUCAAAACAGAGGAGCAGCAUUCUGAGGAUGACCCUAGGAGCGAGGAGCUGCCAGGAGGGGAGCUUUGCCAGGCUACUGAAUGGGAAGCCGCCUUGGAGAGUCCUUGCACUUCAGUCAGCUCUCCGGGUAACCACCUGGAGGAAUUGACUCAGCCUGAAAGAGGCGUCAGAGAACUGAAGACUGUUGCUGCCCAUCCAGGGGGCCGUGCCGGAAUAGCCGCCUAUGCUUGUGCCAAAUGCGGAAAGAGCUUCACUCGCAAGGACACGCUCCUGUCGCACGAGAGGUUCCACACGGGCGAGAGGCCCUACUCCUGUGCGGACUGUGGGAAGAGCUUCCGACUCAAGUUGAGCUUUGCGAAGCACCAGCGAUGCCACACCAAGGAGCGGCCCUAUCCAUGCAACGAGUGCCAGAAGAGCUUCAAGUUCCACUCGGCGCUCCUGCGGCACCAGAGGAUCCACCGGGGGGAGCGGCCGUAUAAAUGCGACCAGUGCGGCAAAAGCUACAGCCGCAAGGAGCACCUCCAGAACCACCAGCGGCUGCACACCGGGGAGCGGCCCUUCCAGUGCGCCGCCUGCGGGAAGAGCUUUGGCCAGAAGUUCGUGCUUGUCUCGCACCAGCGGAUCCACACUGGGGAGUGGCCGUACAAGUGCACAGAGUGUGGGAAAGGCUUCAGCGAGAGAGCCAAGCUGACCAACCACUACCGGCUCCACACCGGUGAAAAGCCCUACAGCUGCUCUCAGUGCGGCAAGAGCUUCCGCCUCAAGGAGAGCUUCUUACGGCACCAGAAGAGCCACGGCCCUGAGAAGCCCUACCAAUGCACACAGUGCGGCAAGAAUUACAGCUACCACUCCGGCCUCCUCCGGCACCAGCUGGUCCACGCGGGACAAUGGCCACAUCAGUGCAGCAAGUGCGGCAAAAGCUACGCGGAGAAAUACCGCCUGCGGAACCACCAGCGCGUCCACCUGGAGGAAGGCCCGCAUGGGGGCGUCCCCUGUGAGAAGAGCCUCUCAGAGGAGCAGGGCCUUCAGGGCCAGGCCGCCGAACGCCCCGAGCGCACCGGGUGCGAGCAAAGCAGCUGGCUCCUGGGGAGCAGCGUAAUGCACCAGAGAAAGUCCGGCAAAGGGAAGCCCUACCAAUGCCACGACUGUGGGAAGAGCUUCACGGGCCAGGCGCAGCUCACCCGCCACCGGAGAGUCCACCCAAGAGAGAGGCCUUACGCCUGCACAAAGUGCGACAGAAGCUACAGCCAGAAGUACCAUCUCCUCCAGCACCUCCGCGUUCACGUGGGGGAGCCGCCCUCACAGUGCAGUUGACUGUGGGAAGAGCUUCACCCGGAAGGAAAAUCUGGAACCCCAGCGGCUCCCUACUGGAGGGAGGCCUCACCUGUGCAGCGAAUGUGGGAGAAACUUCCCAUGUAAGCUCCGCCAGCGGGCUCGUGGAGCAGAGCCUGGUCACCCCGAGGCUUCCCCAAGGCCCUGGGUUCCUGAGGGCAGGUUCCGGCUUCCCCUUUAUUUACUAACAAGUGAGAGUUCUCGUCACCGCUGUGUUUUAUUUCUACAGUUUGUUUUUGUUCCCCUGGGACCUUCUGCCUCCUAUCCAAGCCCUCAUGCUCCUGGGCUGCAGACUGGAGCACUAGUGCUGGUGGAGCUACAGCCGCGCCGCCUGGCCAGAGCUCACAGCUGCGGGGGGAACUGAGGCUGCGGGGGGAGAGGCCAGGAGCAUGCCUCCUUGGGCAGGAGCUCGGGGGCUGGAUGGAAGGGUCUGGCAGGUCAGAUCUCGCCAGCGGCUGCAGUUUGCCCCUCUCUGUUCCAGAGUCAGGCAUGCGCAGUCCUGUCCUGACCUUUUGGGGCUGAAACCAGCCCUAGCUCUGCUAUUGCAAAUAAAUUCUCUGGGGCAAGCAA